UCUCUCCAUCGCCGUUGCUGGCUGUGCCGUCCCUUUACGCGUAGAGCAUUACGCAUCAGUGGACUAUAGCGCGAGGACCCCGCACAGCACUGCACCUUUAAAGUCUUUUAGGAAACCCGUAUCACCCAUACCUCCCGGACUGCUUUGGACUUAAAGACAUCCCGCGUUUUCCGAGAAGUCUGGACAACUACUCUUCUUCCUCCCCCCCUCCUUUUUUUACCCUUGGAUCUAUAGCUGCCGAAAAGCGCGCUCCUGUGCAUUAAAAUGCAAGUCGGACGCAAAUCGUGUUGGAGGCAAUUGCAGGCUUCUUUUUUCAGACUGCUGUGUCUUAUCCCCACAGGAUUCCCCGUCCGGAGUGUGGAUAUGCAGCGGGCCACCGACAACAUCACCAUCCGCCAGGGCGACACAGCGAUCAUAAGGUGGAUGUUUAUGACGAGGGAUCGUACACCUGCUCCAUACAGACUAAGCAGCAGCCCAAGACCUCACAGGUCUACCUCAUUGUACAAGUUCCAGCAAACAUCUACAAGGUGUCAGAAGACAUCACAGUGAAUGAGGGCAGUAACGUGACACUCAGUUGUUUGGCCAAUGGCAGGCCGGACCCUGCAAUCACCUGGCGGCUCCUCAACCCCUCAGCAGAGCCGUUGGAUGGAGAAGAGUACCUGGACAUUAUAGGCAUCAUGCGAAACCAAGCGGGUCGCUAUGAAUGCAAGGCCAGCAACGACGUCGCCACACCUGAUGUCAAAUACGUCAAUGUGGUUGUCAGCUACCCUCCGACAAUAAAGAAAACCCAGAGCUCAGAGACUCCGGUGGGCCGCAUGGGGACACUGCAGUGUGAAGCCACCGCUGUGCCCACACCAGAAUUUGAAUGGUACAGAGACGAAAAAAGGCUUUCCAAUGCCCAGGGCAUCAAUAUCCAAAUUCUAGGCAGUACCACUAUUCUCAUGAUUGCCAACGUCACCGAAGAGGAUUAUGGGAACUAUACCUGUGUGGCCUCGAACCGACUGGGCGUCCAGAAUGCUAGUCUUUUCCUUUAUAGACCUGGGACAGGUCGAGAUAUCAACGGCUCCGCCUGUGUAUCUCAAUCACUGUGGCUCCUGCUGGCCUGCUUCGCCUGCCUUUUCUUCAAGUGUUAAUACCGCUGUCC